AAAGCGCUCCCCCUAACCACCAGGAAAGACUGAAUCAUAACCGACAAGCAGGAGCCGCUGCGUGUGCGCAUCUGUGCUUUCUCCCAAAAUCUGUCCUCACACCCGUCUCCAGCUGUAGCCAGUCAGGGACGCGCAACAGGAUUUUCUCCUAUAAAGUUAGGUUGUUUUGUUUUGAUUGUCGUCAUUUUAGUUUCUCGCAUAAAGCAAAAAAAAAGACUACAAGUUACCCAAAAGAGAGUCAGUUGCGCAUUUUUUUUUUUUAGUUUGGAGAGCAGAGAGCGCGCGGCAGAUGGCUGCUCUCAUCAGCGCCUACUCGUCGUGGCCGGAGUCCUUCGAGUGUCCUCAAAGUGACGGAGACGUGCCGGACGGACAUGGCCCGCACAGGAGUCCAGGGGACAAGGCUCCGGAGCCGCGGAUCCGGCGGCCCAUGAACGCGUUCAUGGUGUGGGCCAAAGACGAGCGCAAACGGCUGGCCGUUCAAAACCCAGACCUGCACAACGCCGAGCUCAGCAAAAUGUUGGGCAAAUCAUGGAAGGCCCUAACACCCCCUCAGAAGAGGCCCUAUGUGGAGGAGGCGGAGAGGCUUCGGGUACAGCACAUGCAGGACUACCCCAACUAUAAGUACCGGCCUCGCCGGAAGAAACAGCUCAAACGCAUCUGCAAGAGAGUGGACCCCGUGUUUCUGAGUGGGCUGGCCCCUGAUCACAGCGGCCUGCCCGAGCAGCGAGCCCUCUGUCACCCCCUUGACAAAGAUGAAGUCAGCUCUAGUGGAGUUGGCGGUGGGUUUUCGGGCUCCAGCCCCGCCCUGCCCAGCGUCCGAACCUUCAGAGACCCGAGUGGCUCCAGCAGUAGCUUCGACACUUACCCCUACGGCCUGCCCACCCCUCCUGAGAUGUCGCCCUUAGAUGCCGUGGACCAAGAUCACGUACCCCCCUCUUACUACUCGACUUCCGGUAGCUCCUCUGUCUCCUGCUCUUCCUCGGCCUCAUGUCCAGAUGAGCACCACCAGAACCACACGCACAUGGGCAGCCCGCCUCCGUAUCACACUGACUACAGCCAGAGCCAAAUCCACUGCGGGGGCACACACUUAGGCCACAUCCCUCACAUGUCCCAAAGUGGAGGCGGCGGCGGCGGACUAAUCCCCGGCCCCCCUCUGUCUUAUUAUAGCUCCUCAUCUUUCCCGCAGAUUCACCACGGGCUCCACCAGGGCCACAUGGGUCAGCUGUCCCCGCCGCCCGAGAGUCAGGGACACCUGGAGACUCUAGACCAGCUCAGCCAGGCUGAGCUCCUGGGCGAGGUGGACCGCAACGAGUUCGACCAGUACCUGAACUCCAACGGGAGCGGGUUCCAUCCCGAGCAGGGCAGCAGCAUGACGGUUACGGGACACAUCCAGGUGGCGUCCGCGGCCACCGCUUCUGCCGCCGCCUGUCCAAGCAGCAGCACGGAGACCAGCCUCAUCUCCGUGCUCGCCGACGCAACGGCGGCCUACUACAACAACUACGGCAUCUCGUAGGCACCUGUCCACGAGUGGCUCACCUGAGACACUGCAAGACUUUACAGAAGAGUUCAGACAUUGGGAAGACGUUGAACUCGGGUGCUGAUAAGGGCAGGAUUUGUUGUUGUGUGCCCAGUUGUUGAUUUCCAAACCCCUUGUGAGCAUCGUCGAGCAACUUCCUCCAACUAAGAAAAGCUGAACUGAUUACUGAGCAAUAUGAUUGUCUGGAGCCAGGGAAAGAACAAAGCAAUUUGAGGAACAUGAAGAAAAGUAGAUGGACACCUCAGGGAAGCAAACACAAAAUAUUAAGGAAAUCCACCUCCAGUUGUCAUGAAAUUUCCAAACCAGUUAAGCAGUCGUUCAUUUGUAAAUGCUACCAGUUAUCGUUGGCACAGAGGCUUGUACAGACGCUCUUUAGAAGCUAAUUUAAAUCCUUUGAUGGUUUGCAUAAAUGUAAUGCUAUUAUCAAUGCUUUCCAUUCGAAUGUUUGUAUUUUAUGUUGUUGCUCUCAUUAGUUUGGGAGUCUUACCUCAGUAGAUGUAAGUAAAAAGACUUUUCGGUUGGACGUUUCUUAUGGAAUUUAAGAAAAAGGUGUAUGAUGAAAAAAGAAAGGCAUUUAUACUUCUCAAGUACUUCAUAAUAUAUAAUCAACCUUUACCACAAAAAAUAAUAAUGGUAAUUAUAACUGUAUGCUGAUUUAGGUUUAUGAAUGACAAUAAUUUAAAAUAAAGGCCAAUUUUUCUAUGAAUGCAGUUGCCAGUUGGAUCUUACGUCCACAGACAAUACACCACAGAAGAAUGAGCAUAUGUCAUUUCAUUGUUAUUAAAAGGAGACGUCGGUAAUGACCGGCAGCAGUAACGCGUCAUUGAGUUGCAACCACUUAGAAUAAUUAGAUGCCUAAAUAAAAAUGACU